AAAUAUUUGAUCCAUAACGAAUUUGGAUCCAAUAUAAGUCAUCUAUCACUCGUCACUUUCAUCGAUCGUCUAUUCGAAGCAGUCAACAGGAGCCGAAGAUUUGGAGAGAAAUGAGGUUGUUCGAUCCAUGGCCAGUGUUCUUCAAGAGGGAAUGGAAACGUACCUGGCCGUUCCUCACCGGUUUCGCCGUAACCGGCGUCCUCAUCACCAAGCUCACCGCUGGAUUCACUGAGGAAGACGCCAAGAACUCAAAGUUCGUCCAACAACACAGGCGGUAA